AUGAGGUCAACUGUCCACGUCAAGCCUUCACGCGCGGAUCGCAAAGUGGUUGAGCAUGUCGUGUCUCCGCACCAUAAGUGCCGAGGAUCAAAGUCCUUGGUUGGAAGUCAUCAGAUUCCGAGACCUCGCUUCAGUAUUGCGGAUGUUUUGGAUUGGGAGAAGAGCAGAAUAAGCUAUAGAAGCAAGAGCCAUCGUGAUGAGAUACACUCUAACUGGAAGCCUUAG